CGCUGCCUUGGCUGCCGCUGCCGCCACCCAGCAGCCAGCCUGCCCAGGGCUGAGGCCUGACGGGCCAGGCGUCUAGGGCCGAGGGCAGGAGCAGAGCGCUAGGGGGCGGCCCGCGUGGCUCCUCGGAAGGCCCCGGCAGGAGGGCGGGGUGGGGAGGAGAUUAGGGGGCAGGUGCGAGGGAGGGAAGAGAAGAAAGCAGGCGGCUAGGGGGCGGUUACCACCCUUGCCGGACUCGCCCAGCACGUUGAGGGGGCCCUCAGUGUGCGGCGGGGAAGCAGCGGAGCCAGACGCUGCGCCCAAGUGUUCUAGAAUCCACCUUUAGAUUCGUCUUUCCUGAAUCUGGCAUUGUUAAUGUACAUGAAUCUUGGUUACUGGCAAGGAAGGAUCCAGAUCUUUCUAUAGACAGUAGAAACAAGGCUCCUACAAGUGCCUUUGUGCUGAGUCCUUGGGAAAAACUUCCCUGAUUCAAUCUGCCACACUUGAAAAAGAGAAGGAGGAAGAAUGUUCUGCUGAUGGGAACAGAGCUCUGGUUAAGGAUCUGAAGGGUAGGUAUCUGGAAGUCACUUAACUAGUUGUAACUGUACAUAUCGAUCUUUAUGACCUUCUGCUCUUAGAUGACAAAGUUCAUGAGUAAGGAAGGGGAUCCUUUGAUGUCAUACAUCCACCACAGGCAAUGGAAUCAGGCAAACUUGGACUCAUUCUGGCUCUUCCUCUUGAUCUUGGCUAGUUUACUUCUCUGUGCCUCAGUUUUUUCAUUUGCCAAAUCAUAUCUGAGGAUGGUAGUGAGAAUUUAGUUGAAGUGAUAGUUGCUCUGUAAAUAUUCAUUUCAACUCCCCUUACAAAAACAUGGUAUGUUGGGAAUAACAUGUAAAAUAUUAGAUAUUAAGGUGGGCUCCAAGGAGAUGUUUCUGGUUUUUUCAGCAGAUAAAUAUCUAAUUGCUAGUUUUACUAGGAGAGAUAAUGGAGAUUAUCUUGUGGGAUAAUAAAUAUAAUAGCAACAGUGAUUUGGUAACCAUUUCUUUUAUGUUGAGUACUGAAUAGCUCUCUGAGCAGAGACAAUCUCUUAGAGGUGAAUCUUGAAAUGGUGAAGCACAGCCAACUUGCCUAGGGUCAAAGAGCAACUAAAAGAUAGAAUUAAUUCCUCUGUAAAUCAAUGGAGUUUCCUUGGAGCCUCAAGAAUUAAUAAUAAUAACAAUCAUAAUAAUAAUAAUAAUAAACAAGGUAAAAGGUAAAGAGAAGAGAUUGCCAGGCAGAAGGAAUAGAAGGUGUUAUGAUAGCACUGAGGUGGGAGAGAGAAAUAAAGGAUUCACAGAUGUUUGGCUUCAUGUGGGAAAAGAGAGAUGAGCCAGGCAGAAGAUUGACAGGCUUUGUGGAACCUCAUUAAAGAGCUUGUGCUUUAUUCCAAAGAUAGCCAGAGGCUACUUGAAGAUAUUUUUAUUAAACUUUUUCUAAACUGAGUGUGUAUGUACUUCAAAAAGUAUUCAGUGGUGCCUAAAACAGGUUUAAAUCAUUUCUUCCAUGUUUCCAUUCAUUUCUUCACUGUUUCACUUGCAUUCCUAUAUAGGUGAUGUUUCUGUGUAAAACCUACACCAAACUGUAGGUAGGUGACUUUGACUAUCUUCUGUGAAUAUUGGUAAGAAGAGUUGCCAUGAUGGUAAAAGAAGUGGCACUUCAGAAUGCUGGUAGAAGUUCAAUUAGGUUUAAUACCUCUUACAUUUUAGACUGCACUAAGGGAAAUCGUCCAGUUUUCAUUAAGCCCCGUGAAAUAGACAAACAAUUGAAAUUGAGAGAAAAAGUAAUUUAUGGAAACCUGGAUUUAGCAUUAUAAAUGGAAUUGUGCAUUAUAAGGCUUUGGUUUAAAUAUAUCAUAAUUAGAUACUUCUGUGACUAAAUGGAAAUUGGUCAUUUUUAAAUUUUGUGUAUGUACCAUCUAUGAUGGUAGACAGCACAUUUGUGAGACUCUGGAAAGACUGAAACAUUUUUCUACUAUAUUUUUUCAUAUUUUCAUUCAGGUACUAGAAGUUUUUAAUAUUUGAAACUGUUUCUAUGUACAGCAUAAACCUCACAAGAGAAAAUUGGUGUUCUCUUCCCCUUCACAGACAUACUUUCAAAUAGCCUGUGCUAGUUAGCUUUUAGGGAUUAGAAAAAAGUGCUUAAUUGGUGACUUGAUGAUUUAGGAUUGGUAGACUAGUUUUUUAGGAAUUAAACUCUGAGUUUGGAUAGCUCAUCUCUAUGUGGUCUCUUCUAGGUGGUUAGUCUGAACUUAUUAACAGAGUCUCAAGAGAGAAGCAAGGGAGAACAAAUAUCAACCAGUACAUAAGUACCUUUUCAAGUGUCUGCUCCUGUCACACUUGCUAUUGUUCCAUUGCUAAUCACAAGAGUGCUUUUAUGAGCAAGUCAAGAGUCAUUGUGAGAGACCUUUCAAAGAGUGGGUAUAAGGAGCUGUGAACAAAUUGGUAACCUUUACAGCAUAAUAAUUGGUAAUGAAUGGAAAGCCAUAGGGAGGUAGUAUGGUUUUGGAAGUAGAUAUUCUCAGAAAUGGGUCAACUGUUCUCUGCUCUUACAUAGCUUUUAUGAAAAGGGCUCCCAUGUUUCCUCAACACCCAUUCAAGUUUUAUCACAAAAUCUGUACAUUACAUUUUGUCUUUAAGAAAAAUGACGUGGGAAUCUUCCAUUAUGUGAUGAAAGAAACAUUGUCAGUUUUGCCUCAAACCCCUCUCCCCUUUGUUGGUAUAAUGUUCUUGUGGAAUGUAUACAAUUUACCCUUGUUCAUUCAAAUGCUGAUUUCUCUACCCCACUAUCUGGUUUCAAUCCUACAUUGCAUUGUGACUGUAUCAAGUUUGUGUAACCUUACCACCAUUUGUUCUCUGUAAUUGUCAAUUAAACAACCAGCCAGUGCUGUGCAUUGGUGAGAAUAGGGUGGGACAUCCUGGUCUUAGGGGGGAGGAGAAAGAAGCAGGUGGGAGGAAAGGAGAGCAAGGAUUGGCAGGAGAGGACUUCGAACCACAACGAGAGAUGAACCAGACCUAAGGUAUGACUAAAAGCAAGUAUAAUGGGUGAAAUCUGAAUGGUAGAAAACUGUGCGGGCUUGGAGGUUUAGGAUGGAAUGACUAUUGCCCAGCAUUGUGCUCUAGGUUAAUUAAAUAAAUCCCAGUCUCUGUAUAGUGAUUUGUGUAUACAGCUGGUUUAGGCAUAACUGCUGUUUAAGUAAAAGGUAAGUCAAUAAUAAAUAUUAACAACCCACAACAUUCUUUUAAUAUAAUUUUUACCUACAAGAAGAAAUCCUUAUUUGCCCAGUGUAAUAUGGACAAAGGAUUCUUUGUAAAUAUGUUUUAUUUAUUAAAAUUUGAAAAAUAUUCCUGUGGUUGCAGUGAGGAAUCCAGCAUCAUACUGUGGAGUCCACAGUCCAUCAUUUGGGGGCAUUAGGCUUUGACCUUUGUUCUGGAAGCUCUCAAAGGAUGCACCAUGAUGAAACGUCAUAGACCCGUCAGCACCAGUGACAGUUCAGAUGAAUGUCCUUCCACCUCUUUUACUUCUGGCUCAAUGUAUAAGAAGAAGUCAAAAGAUGCCAAGGAACAUAAGAAAUCUGCUGAGGUAUUCCGAAAGGACCUCAUCAGUGCCAUGAAAAUUCCUGACUCUCAUCAUGUUAAUCCAGACAGUUAUUACCUCUUUACUGACACAUGGAAGGAAGAAUGGGAAAAAGGUGUUCAAGUACCUGCCAAUCCAGAUUGUGUUCCAACACCUUCUCUCAGAUCAAGAAAUAGAACAUUACCAACACCCCAGAAGCCUUUCUUCUGCUCCCUGCCAGUAACUGAUCUCCCUCACCGUAGGAUUAUAUCUGAAAAAGUAAAGGAUGUUCUGUUUGUCCGGCCCCGGAAAUACAUCCGUUGCUCUAGCCCAGAGUCUGCAGAGCCUGGCUAUAUCAAUACCCUAGAGCUGGCAGCAUCUACAUGCCGAUAUGACCUAGAUGACAUGGACAUCUUCUGGCUUCAGGAACUUAAUGAAGACCUUGGAGAAAUGGGUUAUGGACCAAUUGAUGAGACUCUUAUGGAAAAGACAAUAGAAGUCCUGGAACGCCUCUGCCAUGAAAAUAUGAACCAUGCUAUUGAGACAGAGGAAGGUCUAGGAAUAGAAUAUGAUGAAGAUGUGAUUUGUGAUGUCUGCCAGUCUCCAGACAGCGAAGAAGGGAAUGAUAUGGUAUUUUGCGAUAAGUGUAACGUCUGUGUGCAUCAGGCAUGCUAUGGUAUCCUCAAGAUUCCAGAAGGCAGCUGGCUGUGUCGCUCCUGUGUCCUGGGCAUUUAUCCACAGUGUGUUUUAUGCCCUAAGAAAGGUGGAGCCAUGAAGACCACCAGGACCGGGAGCAAAUGGGCUCAUGUCAGCUGUGCCUUGUGGAUUCCUGAGGUCAGCAUUGCCUGUCCCGAGAGAAUGGAACCAAUCACAAAAAUCUCUCAUAUUCCACCUCGGCGAUGGGCCUUAGUUUGCAGCCUGUGCAAGUUGAAGACCGGAGCUUGCAUACAGUGCUCUGUGAAAAGCUGUAUCACCGCUUUCCAUGUCACCUGUGCCUUUGAGCACGGCCUAGAAAUGAAGACCAUUCUAGAUGAGGGGGAUGAAGUAAAAUUCAAGUCAUUUUGCCUCAAGCAUAGCCAAAACAAGCCAAAACCCGGGGAAGCCGAGUACCAUCAUCACAGAGUUGCUGAGCAGAGCCAGGCAAAAGGCGAAAAGAUCAGCCUAAGGGCACAGAAGCUUCGAGAGCUAGAAGAAGAAUUUUAUACUUUGGUUCAGGUAGAUGAUGUUGCCAAAGAGCUGGGGCUGUCUACGUUAACUGUCGACUUUAUAUAUAACUACUGGAAACUCAAGCGUAAAAGCAACUUCAAUAAGCCAUUAAUUCCUCCAAAAGAGGAGGAAGAAAAUGGCUUGGUACAGCCAAAAGAAGAAAGCAUUCAUACUCGCAUGAGAAUGUUUAUGCACCUGCGGCAGGACCUAGAGAGGGUCCGAAAUCUAUGCUACAUGAUAAGCAGGCGAGAGAAGCUUAAACUGUCACACACCAAAGUGCAGGAACAGAUCUUCGGUUUGCAAGUUCAGCUUAUCAAUGAUCAAAUUGAAGAAGGAGCUCCUUUGACAAAUGCACUAGAAAACUCAUUGUUUUACCCACCACCACGAAUUACCUUGAAGUUAAAAAUGCCUAAAUCAGAAGAUUGCAGAGAUAGCUCUACCGAAACUGAGCAACAACCCUCCUCUUCUGGCAGCAGCUCACCUGGUCACAAUAAAAGGAGCCCACAGAUGCCUGAGGAGCCGCUGAAUAGAGAUGUGAAAAGAUAUCCAAGAUAUCCACUGGAAAGCAAGAGUAAUUGUCUGUCAGCUAGCAGAAGUAAUUCUCGAAGUGAAACCAAGAGUUCUAGUCCUGCAUGGGGAACUCCAUCUGCAGAGUUCUAUCAUGGUCAAUCAUCAGGGAAGCCUCUAGCCCUUCAGGCUGCCCUUCAUGGACAGACAUCUGUAGGGAACGGGAAGAGUCAGCCUAACUCCAGGGUUGCCAGUUCCAAUGGCCUGGAAGGCAACUGGUCUGGGGACAUCACCCAGAAAGAUAAUUCAGAUGAGGUGUUCUGUGACCAAGAGUCCAUGCUCAGCUCCAACUUGCCCAGUCAGGGCAACGUUAGAAAACCUGGCAUAGAACAUUUUAGCAGGUCCUUUAAGGAGGCCACCAAUACAUGGGUGAGGCCCACUGAGGAUCUCCAGUACUAUGUUAAGCCAACUAAAAAUGUGAGCCCUAAAGAGCAGUUGUGGGGUAGACAGUUUCUCAGGCGGUCCACGGGAAGAGCUUCUUAUCAGGAAACCGAUGGGUACUGCCCUGAUUUGGAACUAAGCGAUUCAGAAGUAGAGGGGGAGGUAAAUAGUGAGGCAACAAGAGUAAAGAGAGAGAGUUCUGAUCGAGAAAAUCCUUCCCAUGAUUCUGCUCAAGAAUGCCACGGAAAAAGCAAGACAAAUCCCCAUUCUCACAGCUCAAUGCAAAGAUGAUCAGAAACAUCUAAGAAUAACCUUUGCCCUAUAUGCUGGGGGAAAUCUAAACACCAAAAGGUUUCUAGUGGAUAUUAAAAUGAUUUGAAAUUUUUGAAAAAGUUUCUUGUCUAGUUUUUAUAAGCACAUUACAAGAGUUGCAGAUUGUUGGGUUACUUUAUCGGAGGCUGAUGGAAACAAUUGGGCCCAGAGUAUUUCCUCAGUGAAUACUUCAGGGCAGCUUGCCAGUUAUAUUAACACACUGAUUAAUCAACAUAUUAAGAAUCCUUGCAUUGUCAAUGGAUUUGCAAGAGAGCAUGACUGACACUAAAACUUCUUAUCUUUUGAAGCUAUAUCGUGUUCCCUUAAAGCUCAUGUCUGUAAAAAGUUUCUAAUGCCACUGGUAUCUGUAAAACCUCUUCAAGGGAAAGACCAGGAGAGUAACAUUCUCAGAUAUUGUCACUUAACUAGUGUCUUCCUUGCUUUAUGCAAGGUUGAGUUUCUUUCACAGUAUCGUAUCUUACAAAGUCAAUUCUCCUAAGUGUCCAGUGCCUGUUCCUAGACCUGCUUGUUGGGGACAUACUCACAAUUCUCUUAUACAGGUAACAAGCUAAAUUGUGGAUAGUGUUUACAAAGUACAAAAGUACUACUUCCAAGGAAAAUGCUCUGCUUCUCAAGGCAUAUGUGAAGACAGCCAGAGCCUUUCCCAAAGUGUGACCUUUUCUGGGAUAUUUGUACCAGGUCAGGGUUUUUUUGUGUUGUUUUCAAAUAAGUUUGACUAGAGUUUUGCUGACAGUUUUUGUAUACCUGCUUUAAUGUUUAUAAAAUUUUUAUUGAGGUAUAAUUAAAAUAUAGUGUAAUGCACAGAGGCGUAAGUAUUCUUACCUGCUUUAAUUUUGAAACAGAUUUUUAUUAUCAGACAGAAAUUUGAAAGCAUGUGUUUAACACAUGGAUAUAAUUUAGCUUUGUAAGAAUUUUGAAUCUAAGGCAAUUUCCCAAGCAUAAUAGUUGGAGCCAUUUUUCAGAACUUGCUUAUACCACAUUACCAAAUAAUCAGCCUUGAUUCAUUUCUAGAGGAAGAGAAAUUUGAAGCAGAGGAUGAAACAAGUCUGUUUCCCAUUUAAGAAAAAGGGGAAAGUAGUAGUUUGUAAAAAUGUGAGGCAGACUAAUUCUAAGCUCCCUUUUCUUCUUAGCCUUAAAAAAAAAUAUUCUCUUUCUUCUAGUUUGGGAACAUAGAGAAAAUUUUCAAAUAAGAGGCCAUUUUCAAUUUUUGAAGUUUCAUGCUGGUAAAAAAAAAAAAAAAAAGCCAGCUGCAGUAGGUGCCAGUGAGAGGGCAGUAGCCCUCUAGCCAAUGCUAUGGAGCUAGGAAACUAAGCAGUUUACCUGUCCCCCACUUUCAUUCUUAGAGCCUUGUUAAAGGUUUCUUUUGAGUUUUUUUUUUUCCCCUCUUCUGAAAAUUUCUGUAUUUUGCUUCUCCUUUGUCUGCAUCUUCAAAAUGUUUCUCAUGUGCCUAUGAACAUGUGUGAACAUAACAUAACGUGUAGUAGGUGUUCUGUAUUUUGUUUUAGUUGAAAAAUGAGGAAGAGAAUUUCCUCUCUUCAACACUCGGCUUCAGUGCUUAUUUGAAUACUCAUAGGGAAUAUAUAAAUUUGACACUUUUGUGGUAAUGAGAGUAUAAUGGAGUUGAGUUGUAAAUUUCUUACAUUAAAGCCAGUGGGUUGCCAGUGGUCUUUCUUGCCUUUGAAUUCUGAGUUGGGGGAAAGCAAACAUAGAAACAGUGCUUUAGCCAAAUUCUAUAUGUAAUACCACUAGGAGAGUAUUGCCUGAAAUAUCAUUCAAGUCAGGGAGAUUAAAAUGGUAAUUUUUUACAGGAUUUUUCUGGGUAAAUAAAUGAGCCUUCAGUUGCAUACAUUCCAAAUGCUCCAAAUGCAUUUUGUUUUUUGAAGUAUUACCUCUUGUUAAUGUUUUUCAUCUUGUCUUAUGUAAUUCAAGUUUUGAAGAUGAAUUUGGUCUUUUUUCAAAUGUCACAUUUUUAUCAAUACUUUUUCAUUAAAUUAUGAAAACUUAA